AUCUCCCUCCUCGCGCAUCCCCGCUCGCCUGCCAUGGUCGUGCUCGCAUACGAUGCGCCGCGCGCCGCCGGCAGCGGUGCGGCGGCGCAUGCGUCGGGCAGCAGCAGCGGCUGCCUGCGCUCCGACGACUCGCCGCUCUACUACCUCGACCCCAGCCUCGCGCCCAGCGCCCUCGCCACGCCCGCCGAUGCGCCGCACGUGCAGCCGCAUGCGCGCGAGCGUGUCUCGUACUACUUUCCCAAGGGUGUCGGCGAGUACCACUACGGCGAGCGGCAUCCGAUGAAGCCGGCGCGCCUCACGCUCACCAACCGGCUCGUGCUGGGCUACGGGCUGCACCAGCGCAUGAGCUGCUACACGCCGCGCGUUGCCACGCGCGAGGAGCUCGAGUGGUUUCACGACUCGGACUAUGUCGAGUUCCUCAGCCAAGUCACGCCGACGACGCCGCUCUCGUCGUCCUUCACGCGCUUCAACUUCGCCGACGACUGCCCCGUGUUCGACGGCAUGUACGACUUCUGCCGCUCGUACGCGGGCGCCAGUCUGGCGGGCGCGCGCAAGCUCACCGCGGGGCAGACGGACAUUGCCAUCAACUGGAGCGGCGGCCUGCACCACGCCAAGAAGAACGAGGCGUCGGGCUUCUGCUAUGUCAACGACAUUGUGCUGGCGAUCAUGGAGCUGCUGCGAUACCACCCGCGCGUGCUAUACAUCGACAUCGACAUCCACCACGGCGACGGAGUGCAGGAGGCGUUCUACAAUUCGAACCGCGUGCUCACCGUCUCGUUUCACAAGUUCGGCAACGACUUCUUUCCCUGCACGGGCGCGCUCUCGGAGAUCGGCACGUCGCUCGGCAAGCAUUUCUCGCUCAACGUGCCGCUGCAGGACGGCAUCGACGACGGCAGCUAUGUGUCGCUGUUCAAGGCCGUCAUUGAGCCGUGCAUCACGAGCUUCCGGCCAGAGAGCAUCGUGCUACAGUGCGGCGCCGACUCGCUCGGCCUCGACCGGCUCGGCUGCUUCAACCUGAGCAUCGCCGCGCACGGCGAGUGCGUGCGCUUCGUCAAGUCGUUUGGUCUGCCGCUCCUCGUGCUUGGCGGCGGCGGCUACACGAUUCGCAACGUCGCGCGCUGCUGGGCGUACGAGACGGCCGUCCUGACGUCCUGCACGGUGCCAGACAAUCUGCCCGAGACGCCGUACAGCGAUUUCUUUGCGCCGUCGCACCGGCUGCACGAGGCGCUGCAGGCGGGCCGCGUCGAGAACCAGAACACCAAGGCGAGCCUGGAGAAGAUCCGCGUGCAGUGCCUCGAGCAGCUGCGCUACCUGCACGGCGCGCCGAGCGUGCAGAUGCAGGAGAUCCCGCCCGACCUCACCGGCUGGCUCGAGGAGGACCGCCAGGCGCGCGACUCGGAGCGCGCCGAAGAAAAGGCCUCGUAAGGGAGUGCCGCGCUGUUGCUCUAUAUCCUGGCAGCUGCCUUGCCACUUGUCACGUCGUCACCGGAUCUCGCUGCUUGCAUCUGUAUCACCAGCCAGGCGUCCAUGUUGUACAAUCUAUUGCCUCCGUCACUAG